AUGAAUUGCGCCCGAGGUGGCCACGAUCGUCGCCUAACGUUGAUUGCAAUUAUUUUCGCGAAUCUCGCGAGUGCAUUCCACGGGAACAAUGGAGUGCUCGAGUACUGGGAUCCGGAUACGUGCAAAUACGAUGAGUACUUCGAUACAAUCUCCUUGUCUUGCUCGCGAUGCAACGCCAGCCGGAAUCUCGUACCGGCCGUGGACCGUCUGCGAUGUCAGUGCGACGAGUUAAGCGGAAUGAUCGGUUUCGAGAACGGCAAUCCACUUUGCGCCGCGUGCGGCCCCAACAUGACCGCGACCGCUGACGGAAAGGAUUGCGUCCUGAGUCCGAACGCACCGUGCAAAUGCUCUUCAAAUCAAGUAAAACUGGACCGAAAUAUAAAUGGCGCACUGUUGGAUGCUGUGCUCUGCGUAACGUGCAUCCAGGGCACGUAUCCAUCUGCCGAUUGUUCCAAAUGCUUGCCGUGCGGCAGCCGUGAGAACAGCGGCCACGUUAAUUGCGUGUGCCCGAGUGCGACACACGUGAGACUAAGAAAUUAUUGUCUGCACAAGGACGACGUCAACGACUGGCCGGAUAUCAGAGGCACGUAUCUGAUGAAGUUUCGCAGCGAACACGUCGACAGUUAUUAUCUGAGAAGCGAACUGCAAGUCGCGACGCACCUUUGCAAGAAGAGAGACAGAAUGGCAUGCGAGCAUUUGUCGAACAUAUGCGCCCUGACUCUUUACAGUGACGGUAUAGCUUGCAUGUUUUUUAUGCAUACGCCCAUGGCACCCGUAUGGUUGUUUUAUAAUAAACAAGACGCGGCGGCAGUGCUGAACGAUACGAGGAUAUCCGAGAGAUAUAGUCUCAGAAAAGGGGAUAAUAAUACCAUCCUUAAUUUUACGGUCGCAAGAUUCGCAUUGAACGGCAAAUUCUUGUCCAUCGGUAGACCGACUCUACCCUGUCAAUUUCUGAGAAAUGUAAGGUUCGGUGUAAAUUUCAGCAAAAAAUGCAAAAUCACCGCUGUUGAAUUACUCAACGCACAAGUAGAAUUGCUAUCUCCUUACUUAACAUUUAGAGAGGACAAUAAAUCAUUUAUACACGCAUUGCCUGUGAUUGUUAAGUCGCCAGAUCAGAAUAUUAAGGAAAUUUCGCAUCAGCAAUUGGUACGAAAAUUCUUUCUGGUCGACAAUGUAAGCGGUUUCAAAGCGUUACCGAUGUUUAUACACAGCAGAUUCAUAAAAGCAUCAGAACUUUCCGUUCUUCGUUAUAUGAAAUCUUUGACUAUCUUCGUAAACGUUCAGAAUAGAAAAGAUCACGGCAAGAUCUUCGCGCCCAUUCUGAUUGUAGAGUACGACGAGCUAACAUAUCAAGAUUUCCUUAAUAAUUCCGAUGUUAUAAUAAAUUACAAAGUUGCAUUUGUUCUGAAAGAUAACGAUAUAGAUUAUGAUGUUCAGAUAACUAUCGGAGUUUUUACGGGAAUAGCAUUAAUAUUUUCCAGUGUCAAGGCGUGGAAUUAUUAUAAACGUAAUCACAACGGCAAUCUUAGUAUAGCCGUUUUAUUGUGGUUCCUGAUUUACAGCAUGGGUGUGGUUGGAAAUGCAAUCACAUUUGUGUGCAUCUGUACAUGCGUGUAUCUGUUUGUCUUUUAUAAAGCCCAAACUGUACCGUACGUUCUUCUUCCCAACGAAGAUAGUGAAGAAAAAAUCAGAACAUACAUUACCGUAGCGUUUAGUUUUAAAAUUGCAGAAAUGAUAGGGUUCGUCUAUCAGCACUGGGAUUUGAGCGUGUUUUUCAUCGACUGGGAACAACAGAGGACGAUACACGAUCAACCGAAGUACGACUCUCCGCGUACUUCUUUACAGAAAUUGUAUUCCAACAGAUUUCCAAAGGGUGAGGGUAAAUCUUCGAGAAUAACAUCGGACAUCAUCGCGUCCAAGCGAAGAAGAUUGCAUAGGACGAACAAGAACACGAGCCCCAGUGAAAUGUCCAAGUCUUCUUCGAUUGAAAAAUACACGCCGGAUUUUUCUUCCAUUUGUUCGAUCGCGCCUUUGCAGGAGACAACCGAACGCAGUUAUGUACAUGAUUUUCCAAUCAGCGUUUGGAGAACCUACUUCAUCGCGAACGAGUGGUGCAAAUUGCAAACCAGAAGAAGGAUAAAUGUAGCAUUGCAAUCGAUUUACACUCUAUGUUUCCUGCAGAUAUUCGAUUUGGAAUCGUGGAUGUUAGCGAUACCGGAAUCGAUUAUCUCGAAUACAUCAUCCGAAACGGAGAACAAUUUUACGCUGCAAUUCGCGAUUUGCACCUUCAUGUACAUAUUUAUAUAUCUCUCACAAUGGUUGAUCCGUUUUACGUUUUACGAGAGAUACAUUAGAAACAGACUGCAGAAGUUCGUAGAUCUAUGCUCGAUCGCGAACAUCAGUGUGUUCAUAUUGGCACAUAAUUAUUAUGGCUUUUAUAUCCAUGGAAGAUCAGUACAUGGAUUUGCGGAUACUGAUCUUCCUACCCUGAUAAACGAUUUGAGAAAGGAAGAAGACGAUUUAUGUGCGCACAGAGGCCUGGUACCCGGCACAACCGACCAAACUUUUAUAUUAUCGUUGACCUACUCGUUUAAAUCGUUAUAUGAUGAACUCAUGAGGCAAAAGAAUAAUGGAAGCGUGGGAAUUUUAAAAGCAAGCGACACACCUAGAAAUUGGAAACAAUUAUCUGAAACCAGGUCAAAAAUUAGGCUCUUUCUAACGCAAUUUCUGGAUCAUUGUUUGGAAAAUGAAGAUUAUAUAAUCAAAGAGCAGCACAUAUUAGAAAAAUUAUGGGAUGUUCUUUUUGUAGAUGCCAAAGACAAAUCUGUUUUUUAUAUUGAUAAUAAUUAUUCCUUCAACAAAGUAGUGCUUCAUGGAAACGAAUGGUUAUUAGCGACAUUUGAAAUCACUGUGUUUGCCUUCUUUUUGGCAUUGUAUAAUUCUUAUAUUUUCGCUUGUAUAGCGACGGUUAUCAUAUCUCAAUUAUUCUUAAUGAUCAUUAAAUGCAACGUUAAGAGAAAUCUCUGCAACAAAUCAUUAUUGGACAAGAGAUUCCUAAUGUAACCAUGAUAAAAUAAACAAUAAUUAAUUAAACAAACAUUAACUAAUACAUUAUAGUUAUUACUUUCAUA